CGAGUAGAUGCGACGGCCGUAUCAUAAUUGGGAUAGCCGGUCUAUCACUUUCUGUCCAUAGAGUCAUUCCCGUCUUCUCUCAAUUCCUCCCAUUUCCCUUUUCAAACCUACCUCUCGUACUCGUAUAUGGGGAGUGAGCAGGAAAGGGAGAAGACCGGUUGCUGCCACCAGUACUGAUUCAUUGCAACAGUGGCGACUGUCGUGCGAGGUAGCAUAUUACUCUAUCUCUUCUAACCAAGUAGUGAACACUUGCUCUGCAUACUUCGUGCACUCGUGUGUUUUCUUUCCCCCUUUUUUUUUUUGGAUUUGGUCCAUACGGCGGAGGAAGUAGUGAUACAUAAUCAUCCUCCUUUCAAUGCUGUCCAUAGAUUGAACGCCAUUCUUUUGGGGCAUCAUUUGGCCGUUCAACGAGAGUGCAACGUGCGACAGUGCAAACCAUCAUCAAGAAUAAGUGCAUCGAAAACCGUUCAGUGUUUUGGAUAAAACUCUUCGUUUUUACGCAAUGUUCUCCAUUGAUCCUUACGUCUUCAGCUGCGUUCUGCUUCUAGUACUGGUAAAUGCAGGGCCCAUACUAGCAUCAGAGAAUGACGUCGACGACACCUACAGAAGGGUAGUUCUAGUCGGAACGAAUUUGAAAUUGCCUUGCAGUCCACCAGAUGCCGAAGAUAUAUUAGAGUAUUUCACUUGGAGUAAAAAUGGCGUUCUGCUGCCCGACCGUUCUUCGACUGCCCUUCAAUCUCGUUUUAUUAUUCAGAGUGACUUCUCUCUCCUCAUUGAACGUGUUGCCGAGGAUGACGAGGGAAACUACUCGUGCAGCGUCCAGUCUCACACUCCACGUAAAAAUAGAUACUCAGUACUAGUUGAAGGUCCGUAUAAUGUAACUACAUAA